CCCCAGCGGGUGCUCACGGCCGAUUUCUGCGACGGCUGCAAGAUCAGCAACGUGGAGGGGAUCCAGGAGAUGGGGCUGGGGCUGCGAGACACCGCAGAGAAGCUGAUCCAGGUGUUUGCUGAGCAGAUUUUCUACACCGGGUUCAUCCACGCGGACCCUCACCCCGGGAACGUGCUGGUCCGGCGGGGCCCCGACGGCAAAGCUCAGCUGGUGCUGCUGGACCACGGCCUGUACGAGACCCUCAGCGAGAGGGACCGGGUGUCGCUGUGUGGGCUCUGGAGAUCGAUCGUCCUGCGCGACCACGACGGGAUGAGGGACAGGGCGGCCGAGCUGGGGGUGCAGGACUACGUGCUGUUCUCGGAGAUGCUGAUGCAGCGGCCGCUGGGCCGGGGGUCGCUGCUGGGCCGGGGGCGCGCGCUGAGCGCGGAGGAGCGGGGGUACCUGCAGGCCAUGGCGGGGCAGCGCUUCCCCCACAUCGUGGCCGUGCUGCGCGCGCUGCCCCGCCCGAUGCUGCUCGUCUUCCGCAACAUCAACACCGUGCGCAGCGUCCACGCCGCGCUGGGCGCGCCCGCGGACAGAUACGGGCUCAUGGCGCGCAGCGCCGUGCGCAGCUGGAGCCGCCUGUGCCGGGGGUCCCGGGGGUCUCUGGGGCAGCGACUUUGGCUGCACUGGGAGAGCCUCAAGUUCGAGGUGGCCCUCAGGUUCGAGUCCCUUCGGGCCCGGUUGGCGGCGGCGGCGCUGCGGCUGCUGAGCCGCUGGGGGGCGCUGCCGCACGGGGAGCAGCUGCAGAGACUCCUCCAGGCCUGAGGGGGGCGCUGCAGGGACCCGAACAGCCCCAGAAACGCCCCAAAAACGACACCAAAAACUCACCCCAAAAACUCACCCCGCACGGAAACACCGAGGGGAUCGGCUGCAGAGAGUCCUCAGGGCCCGGGGGUGUGCCAGAGACACCAGAACCGCCCCAAAUUACCCCAAAAACUCAUUCAUAAACCCUGAGCGGAGCAGCUGCAGAGAGUCCUCCGGGCCUGAGAGGGCGCCACAGGAACCCAAAACAGCCCCAAAUUACCCCAAAAACUCAUCCCAAAAUAAACUCCAAACAUUAACACCGAGGGGAGCAGCUGCAGAGAGUCCUCCGGGCCUGGGGGGGUGCCCAAGACACCCAAAACUGCCCGGAAUUGCCCCAAAACCAGUGGCCCCUGCUCCAGGGGGGUGCCAAAAACAACCCUAAACACCCCCAAAACCGACCAAACGCCCAGCAAAGCCUUUCUCAAACCCCCAGCUCCUCCCCCCAGACUGGCUGUGAGCCCCCAAUAAACCCCCCGUGACCCACGGGCACCCCAGGAGCA